UGAGGGAGGCCGGCGGGCGGCUGAGCUCCGGGCGCUGCUAGGGAGCGGCGUGCGCUGCACACUCUCCGGGGCGAAGCGGAGGGCGUGGGGGAGCCGACCGCCGGGAGCUGUUCUGAUCGCCGACGCGCACGCGAGGGGCCGGUGGCGACCCCGGCCCCGGCCGACAUGGGCAACGCCGGGAGCAUGGAUUCACAGCAGACCGAUUUCAGGGCGCACAACGUGCCUUUGAAGCUGCCGAUGCCCGAGCCGGGGGAACUGGAGGAGCGGUUUGCCAUCGUGCUGAAUGCUAUGAACCUACCUCCUGACAAAGCCAGGUUACUGCGGCAAUAUGACAAUGAGAAAAAAUGGGAAUUGAUUUGUGAUCAGGAACGCUUCCAAGUGAAGAAUCCUCCUCAUACUUACAUUCAGAAGCUCAAGGGCUACCUGGAUCCAGCUGUAACCAGGAAGAAAUUCAGAAGGCGUGUUCAAGAAUCUACACAAGUGUUGAGAGAACUGGAAAUAUCUUUAAGAACCAACCACAUUGGGUGGGUCAGAGAGUUUUUGAACGAAGAAAAUAAAGGUCUUGAUUUUCUAGUGGAGUAUCUGUCAUUUGCACAGUAUGCAGUAACUUUUGACUUUGAGAGUGUGGAGAGUACUGUGGAGAGUUCGGUGGACAAAUCAAAGCCCUGGAGCAGGUCCAUCGAGGACUUGCACAGAGGGAGCAACCUGCCAUCACCUGUGGGCAACAGCAUGUCUCGCUCUGGAAGGCAUUCUGCACUGCGAUAUAAUACUUUGCCAAGCAGAAGAACUCUGAAAAAUUCAAGAUUAGUGAGUAAGAAAGAUGAUGUUCAUGUCUGUAUCAUGUGUUUACGUGCCAUCAUGAAUUACCAGUAUGGUUUCAACAUGGUCAUGUCUCAUCCACAUGCUGUCAAUGAAAUUGCACUAAGCUUAAAUAACAAGAAUCCCAGAACAAAAGCCCUCGUCUUAGAAUUGUUGGCAGCUGUUUGUCUUGUCCGAGGGGGACAUGAAAUCAUUUUAUCAGCCUUUGAUAACUUCAAGGAGGUUUGUGGAGAGAAACAGCGCUUUGAGAAAUUGAUGGAACAUUUCAGGAAUGAAGACAAUAACAUAGAUUUUAUGGUGGCCUCGAUGCAGUUUAUUAAUAUUGUAGUUCAUUCCGUGGAAGACAUGAAUUUCAGAGUUCACCUCCAGUAUGAAUUUACCAAAUUAGGCCUGGAUGAAUACUUGGAUAAGCUGAAACAUACAGAGAGUGACAAGCUGCAGGUGCAGAUUCAGGCUUACCUGGACAAUGUGUUUGAUGUAGGAGCUCUGCUGGAAGAUGCUGAAACCAAGAAUGCAGCGUUGGAGAGGGUGGAAGAACUUGAAGAGAACAUCUCUCAUCUAUCUGAGAAGUUGCAAGACACAGAGAAUGAAGCCAUGUCCAAGAUUGUGGAACUGGAAAAGCAGCUCAUGCAGAGGAACAAGGAGCUGGAUGUUGUCCGAGAAAUCUACAAAGAUGCAAAUACCCAAGUUCACACAUUAAGAAAAAUGGUCAAAGAAAAAGAAGAAGCCAUUCAGAGACAGUCUACCCUGGAAAAAAAGAUCCAUGAACUGGAAAAACAAGGGACCAUUAAAAUUCAGAAGAAAGGGGAUGGAGACAUCGCCAUUCUGCCAGUUGUGGCUUCUGGCACAUUGUCUGCAGGGUCCGAAGCAGGAGUGGGUAGUUUUGUAGGCCCAGUUAUGGGGGCCACUUCCUCUGGACCCUUGCCACCUCCUCCUCCACCACUACCUCCAUCGUCAGACACACCUGAAGCAGUGCAAAAUGGUCCUGUCACGCCACCAAUGCCACCACCUCCCCCUCCCCCACCUCCUCCCCCUCCUCCUCCACCCCCUCCUCUCCCGGGUCCUGCAGCUGAGACUGUGCCAGGUCCACCUUUGCCGCCACCCCCUCCUCCCUCUGCACCCCCGCUUCCAGGAACAUCUUCACCUACAGUGGUUUUCAACUCAGGAUUAGCAGCUGUGAAAAUUAAGAAGCCAAUCAAGACGAAGUUCAGAAUGCCGGUGUUUAACUGGGUUGCCCUGAAGCCCAAUCAGAUCAAUGGCACCGUCUUCAAUGAAAUUGAUGAUGAGCGAAUUCUGGAGGAUUUAAAUGUGGAUGAAUUUGAGGAAAUAUUCAAGACAAAAGCUCAAGGUCCUGCCAUCGAUUUGUCUUCAAGCAAACAGAAGAUACCACAGAAGGGAUCAAACAAAGUGACAUUGCUAGAAGCAAAUAGGGCCAAAAAUCUUGCAAUAACUUUAAGGAAAGCAGGAAAGACUGCUGAUGAGAUCUGUAAAGCUAUUCAUGUAUUUGACUUGAAGACGUUGCCUGUAGACUUUGUAGAAUGUUUAAUGAGGUUCUUGCCGACUGAGAACGAGGUGAAAGUGCUGCGGCUCUACGAGCGGGAACGGAAGCCCUUAGAGAACUUGUCAGAUGAAGACCGGUUCAUGAUGCAAUUCAGUAAAAUUGAGAGGCUCAUGCAGAAGAUGACCAUCAUGGCCUUUAUUGGGAACUUCGCUGAGAGCAUCCAAAUGCUGACACCUCAACUGCAUGCAGUCAUAGCAGCGUCGGUGUCUAUCAAAUCAUCUCAGAAACUCAAGAAGAUUCUGGAGAUCAUCUUGGCACUUGGAAACUACAUGAAUAGCAGUAAACGAGGAGCAGUUUAUGGAUUUAAACUUCAGAGUUUAGAUUUGCUCUUAGACACCAAGUCCACAGACCGGAAACAAACACUGCUGCACUACAUAUCGAAUGUUGUAAAAGAAAAAUAUCACCAGGUGUCCCUGUUUUAUAAUGAACUGCAUUAUGUAGAAAAAGCUGCUGCAGUCUCUCUCGAGAAUGUUUUGCUGGAUGUGAAGGAGCUCCAGAGGGGCAUGGACUUGACCAAGCGGGAGUACACGAUGCACGACCACAACACCCUGCUGAAGGAGUUCAUCCUCAACCAUGAGGGAAAGCUGAAGAAACUGCAGGAUGAUGCCAAGAUUGCCCAGGAUGCCUUUGACGAUGUGGUUAAGUACUUUGGAGAGAACCCCAAGACAACACCACCCUCCGUCUUCUUUCCUGUCUUUGUUCGCUUUGUGAAAGCUUAUAAGCAAGCAGAGGAGGAAAAUGAGCUGAGGAAGAAGCAGGAACAAGCUCUCAUGGCGAAGCUCCUGGAGCAGGAAGCUCUGAUGGAACAACAGGACCCAAAGUCUCCUUCCCAUAAGUCAAAGAGGCAGCAACAAGAAUUGAUUGCAGAGUUAAGAAGGCGGCAAGUGAAAGAUAACAGACAUGUGUACGAGGGAAAAGACGGUGCCAUUGAAGACAUUAUCACAGAUCUUAGAAACCAACCAUAUAGAAGAGCCGAUGCGGUGAGGAGAAGUGUCAGGCGGCGCUUUGAUGAACAAAACUUGCGUUCUGUUAAUGGUGCGGAAAUAACGAUGUGACUUCCAGGAACCUGCCUACAUGAAGAGGGUGUGCAUGAAUGAAAACUGCCCACAUAAAUUUUAUGUGCUAUUAUUUAACUGCAGCCUUGCACACAGAUAAAAUAUUUUUAAGGGCUCGGAUUUAGCAACCACAUAGAAAUAAUGAUGGGCUUUUCUUUCAAACCUUGUUAACAAGUGCCUAAAAAAUGGAAAUACCUGCUCAGAUUAAUCAAAGCAAUAGGAUUUGAUUUGAUUAUUUUUUUUAACACCAAUUGGUUUUUUUUAAACCAAAAUGUAAAUUUCGUAUGAAAUUCAUUACCUGUCAUUUUGAUUGCACCAUGGUCUACCCUGGUAUCCUGAUAAAUUGUAACAUGGUUGCAUUUGCUAUGGGCUUCUUUUGCUGAAACGUCUUAAGGAAUUUUGUGUUUCAGCUAUAUCCAUCCAGUUUUGUAUUUAUAAGGACUUGCAAGUGACAAGUCACAUGAUGAACUACUUCUGUCCAUUACCUAAGCCCUGGCAAAGCGCAAAUGAGAUGCAGUUGCAGUGACACAUAAGUCAGUCACUCAACUUUGUCUCUAGUGUUGCAUCUUCCUUCUGUGCUAGGGUAUAAUGCCCUGUCCAAGAUGGUUACUGGGUUGAAUGCAAGGAUAUGAUGGCGUAAAAUGCCAUCUUGAGACUUAACUGCAGUACUGUUCUUCCGCUUAAGGCAGCUUUUUAAAAUAAUGCAAAUAUAUUUAUUAACUGGCACUAAUUUAACAUCUCAGUAUUAGGAUCUACCUAUAAUGGUCUUCAAAAAUCCUAAGAGUAGAAACUGGUGCCUUCCUAGCCAGGGAGUUCACUAGCUCUUGUCAACAAAUAUUCAAAAUUACAUUUGCUAACAGGGUAGUUUUAGGAACCUGGCUUUUAUUUUCCUGACAAUCGCAGGUGUUUCCCUCCCCCCCCCCACCCCAAUCUGUUUCUCUUUGUAAAUUGAAGAUGAUACAUUUGGCAUCACACAUUAAAGCUAAAUCCCCAAAUUCCUUAUGGGGAGGUACAUUUAUUGAAAAAUACAUUGUGAUUAAGUUUGUCUCUCCCCCCUCCCCCCCAGAAGGGCGCUUGACCCAUUCCAAAGUGAAAAACUGGAUUGAAGCUAUACUUUUAAUAACGCACAUUCUGCUUCUGGCUUACCUUCUUGGUAAUUACCAUCAGUAUAUUAAUUGUAAAGUUUAUUGUAUAGUAUUUAACCACUGAGUUUAUUUUAUGUUGUGCUUAUGUGAGCCCUUGGGUGAAGGUCACCUUUCCUUGGAUAACGUGUAGUUAUAUGACCUCUUUUUAAAUGUACAGAUAUUUUGCUAUAAAAUCGGUGCAGUUUUUUAUGGUUUUUACACUUCUCUUUAAUUCCCACCGAAGCCUCUGGGUAAUAAUUGUAAAUAUUGCUUUAAAAUUCAGCAGCCUACUCUAUACAAUCUGAAUGUUAUUUUAACUUAUAGUUUUUUUUAUUAAAUAUAUUUAACUACAAGAACAGCCUAGAGAUCUGUUACAUUUCACUUUAGUAUACCUAUUUACAGAUUACUUUUGAGCUGCCACUCGGUGGUACAUUUCCAUAAUGUAUACUCUGCAGAAAAAAAAGAACAUGCCAACAUUUUGUCUUUCAGUUAAAAUACAUUCUGGUAAAAAUAGCAAUUUGAUUGGAGGUACACAAGACACAAUAGUUGGAAAUUUACUACAAAGCAGCUAUUUUUGAAAUCUUUGUGCUGGCAUACAUGUGAGAACCAUUGCUUGUUUAUUCUUCAAAUAGACAAUGAUGUUGGCAUGUUCUUUACUGUUUGUCUAUUAAUGGGCCUGCUUCUUAGCAAUAUUAGAAAUGUUUUAUAAAAGCAAUUCAUGUUACCUUUCUGGUCUUUUCAUGGCAUAUGAGCAAAUAAACUAUUUACACUA